AUGGAGCUCCACCGCCUCCGACACCACCACAGCCACCGGACCGACGACAAGCUCCAGAUGCUGAACCUCAACCAACGCCUGGAGACCUACCUGGGCCGAGUGAGGCUGCUGGAGGAGGAGAACAAGCUACUAUGCCAGGAGAUCCAGGCCCUGAGGGGCAGCGGCCAGGGGGGGCGGAUGGGCCUGGAGGACAAGCUGAGCCUGGCCAGGCAAGAGGUAGAGGAAGCCUGGAGGGAGAAGGAUCAGGUGGAGCUGGAGCUAGGGAGCCUGGGUGAAGAGCUCCAAGUCCUGGGGCUGCAGAGACAGUGGGAGGCGGACGCCCAUGGGGAGGUAAAGAAGAAGCUGGCAGACAGCAGGAAGCAGAUGGAGGAGGAGAGGAGGGCUCAGAUCUGGUUAAGAGAGAAGGUGAGCCAGCUAGAGAAACAAAUCCAGUUCCAGAUACAAACCCACCAGGAAGAUGUUGCCGGCUUCCAGGCAACACUAAUCCAUGUCAGACCUGCACUGCCACCCCCUCCACCCCAAACGGGAACCCAGCUGCCCAGCCUCCAGGAGCUGGGUGAGGAGUACUCCCAGAUGGCUGUCAGGGCGUGGCAUGAGGCAGCCAUGGUGUUUCAGGGCCAGGUGGACAGCCUGGACGAGUCUCUAAACCAGGCCAGAACCCGGUUGGCUCAGGUGGGCCAGGAGAAGAUUGAGAGCCAGCUGAAACUUCAGGCCCUGGAGAACGAGCUGCAAUCAGCCCAGGAUAGAAGGCAGUGUCUGGAGAGGAGUGUGGCCAAACAAAGAGACAGGCAGAGGCAAGAGAUACAAAACCUGCAGGCCCAUCUGGACGUGUUGGAGAUGGAGAAGGGGGCGCUGGGAAAUCAGAUUGACACUCUCCUGACAGAAAGUAGGGGUCUGCUGCAGCUGAAGAUGUCUCUAGGCAUGGAGGUGGCCACAUACAGAGCUUUACUGGACAAUGAAAGUCUGAAGGGGGAUUUCUCUUCAACAAAUCAGCUAAGGAGUACCUACAUCUCUGGCAGAGAGAAACUGAAUAUAUCCGACAAUGACAAAGAGGAUCACGAUGAGGCAAACUACUGUCAAAAUAAUUCUGUUUCAUGGAGGGCUGAGCUAGAAGGCGACAGCUAUGCUCAGGACAACACACUAGCCGACACACACCCCCUGAUCCGUUACAAGAGUGACGAGACGGAUGUCAACACUCAGGCUUCACACAUGGGCGAAAGUGACUCCAGUGAUGGUGAAGAGGACAGGGAGGUUUGCCAGACAGGAACAGACACCUGUGGCGAAGGCAAGUCCAAACAGUUUGACACCAUGGAGUAUCUGUAUGAAGAGUCAGAAGGAGACGUCAUAGAUCAGGAAAGUAACAUGGGCUCCACUCACCAAGAGGACACGGAUGCUAGCCAAACAAAGGAGCAUGCUACACAGGAGAACGAUGAGGAGAAUGCUGUAGAUCAGUUAAUUCAGGAGGCAGAAGAGGAGCAAUCUUAUGAGGAACUUACAGAACCUGGAGAGUACUCCAUGGUGUGCUCUGAUGAGGACUAUAAUGAAGAAAGAAUUGAUAGAUUGGUGGAGCAAGAGCUAGAGAAUUUAUCUAUAUCCAGUUACAGUGAACACUUUACUGGGCAGAUGAUUGAGAGCGAGUCAGUACUGAGUCUCCAAAUUGAGUCUCACACUGAACUUGCCCAGACACAAGACAUAUUAUACAGUGAGGAGGUAGAGCAGAUACACUCAGAGAGACUGAAUCAAUCUGAGCAAGAGCAUAUACCCUCAGGCGGAGAGAAACUGAAUCUAUAUGUGCAAGAACACAUUCCAUCAGACGGAGAGAAACUGAAUCAAUCUGAACAAGAGAAUAUACCUUCAGGAGGAGAGAAACUGAAUCAGUCCGAGGCAGAGGAUAUAACUUCAGGCGGAGAGACACUGGAUAUAUGUGAGCAAGAACAUAUACCCUCAGACAGAGAAAAAAUGUAUCAAUUCGAGCCAGAGCAUGUACCUUCAAACGGAGAGAAACUGAAUCAAUCUGAGCAAGAAAAUAUACCUUUAGGUGGAGAGAGAAUUAAUCAAUCUGAACAACAGUAUAUCAUUUCAAGCGAAGAGAAACUGAAUCAGUCUGAGCAAGAGAAUAUACCUUCAGGCGGAGAGAAACUGAAUCAAUCUGAGCAAGAGAAUAUACCCUCAGGCGGAGAGAAACUGAAUCAAUCCGAGACAGAGGAUAUAACUUCAGGCGGAGAGACACUGGAUAUAUGUGAGCAAGAGAAUAUACCCUCAGACGGAGAGAAACUGAAUCAAUCUGAGCAAGAGAAUAUACCCUCAGACGGAGAGAAAAUGAAUCAAUCUGAGCAAGAGAAUAUACCCUCAGACGGAGAGAAAAUGAAUCAAUCUGAGCAAGAGAAUAUACCCUCAGGCGGAGAGAAACUGAAUCAAUCCGAGACAGAGGAUAUAACUUCAGGCGGAGAGACACUGGAUAUAUGUGAGCAAGAACAUAUACCCUCAGACAGAGAGAAAAUGAAUCAAUCAGAGCCAAAGUAUAUACCUUCAGGCGGAGAGAAACUGAAUCAAUCCGAGCAAGAGAAUAUACCUUUAGGCGGAGAGAAACUGAAUCAAUCCGAGCCAGAGUACAUAACUUCAGGCGGAGAGAAACUGAAUCUAUAUGCGCAAGAACACAUACCCUCAGACGGAGAGAAAAUGAAUCCAUCCGAGUCCGAGUAUACACCUUUAGGCGGAGAGAAACUGAAUCAAUCCAAGCCAGAGUACAUAACUUCAGGCGGAGAGAAACCGAAUCAAUCCAAGCAAGAGAAUAUACCUUUAGGCGGAGAGAAACUGAAUCAAUCCAAGCAAGAGAAUAUACCUUUAGGCGGAGAGAAACUGAAUCAAUCCGAGCCAGAGUAUAUACCUUCAGGCGGAGAGAAACUGAAUCAGUCUGAGCAAGAGAAUAUACCUUCAGGCGGAGAGAAACUGAAUCAGUCUGAGCAAGAGAAUAUACAUUCAGGCGGAGAGAAACUGAAUCAGUCUGAGCAAGAGUGUAUUUCCUCAGAGGUUAUGUAUUCGGUGCACUCUAGGAUUCUAUUGACAUCUGAACACACAUCUCUUAGAGAAAGUUCAGGAGAAAUAUCCAAAGAAGAAUAUUUGGCUCAAGGUAAGGUAUUCAGUGGGGGACUGGGAACUGAAGCUGUAUCAGACAAAAUAGAAGGACAGGAUGACCAGAACCUUUCUAUGCUGACUCAUGUAGACUUCACUGAAAGCCAUUCUAUCUACAGCAGUUUAAACAGCAGGCCUGAGAGUCAAACCAACAUGAACAACUUGGAUAUAGAAGAGUCCAACAGCACAGAUGAUGAGUCUCCAAAUGCAAGCCAGUAUUUGCAACCUGUCACCAAAGCAAAUCUAACUGCAGAUCAGGAAGACUUGUUAGAUGCGGCGGUCUCUCACUAUAAGGAUUGCAAUCCUCUUAUUGAACAUUCUGCAGAGGAGGUCACUAGCUAUCAGGCAAGUAAUGAAUGUCUUCAGACAGAUGAAUGGGAAGUCUUAGAAAGUCCAAACAAACACCUAGAAUCUGGAGAUCCUUUUGCAGGUCACAAGAGAGAAUCCGAGAGAUCAUCCAAAACUGACAGCGAAGGCCGGGACCUCCACAGCUUCCUCAGCUCUGGUGUACACAACAACUUCUGGGGUUCCAAUCUGGAGACAGGAACCCCCUAUCAACUGGAUGAGCCAUAUGACCAUGUGACCGAGCUACCCAAUCAGAACCUAGCCUUGGCUAACAACCUAACCUGGGUGGAUUUGGAGAAUCCACAGGCAACUAAUUGGAACACAAAGAUGGACAGUGACACACCUAAAGCUUCCACCCUUGAAGAAGAGGACAAACAGAUGCCCUCACAGGUGAAGCAGCUGGUUUGUAGAGAUGUGGUAGAGGGUGUGAAUGUUACUUCUGAAGGUUCUGAAGAUGAGGGAGACUCCUGGUCAUCUGGGGAAGAAUAGGAACAAUUUCAGCAUGGUUUCUAUAAGGAGUAAAGUAGAAGUAACAAGUGUUACUGAGAGUGUAAAACUAUUUACAUUUUACAGGCUUUGAAUUUGAGCAUUGAUUCACAUUGAUCCUCACAGUGGAAAGUAAAUGAAACGAUAAUUUCAUCCAAACAUGAAUGUACUAUGUCACAGAAUGUCAUGACAAUUCAGUGCUCUCCGGGAUCCUUGGGAUGUCCCUAACCUAAACCCUAACUAUAACCAUAAUCCUUACCUACACAAUUUAAAAUGUCAACUUCAAUGGGGUAGGGACGUCCCAAGGAUGCGAGAUAGCACAGAGCGUCAAAUAUUUAUGCUGUUUUCAAAAACCAAAGUUGUGCUUUGGUGCCUUGGUGCCUUGGUGCCUUGGUGCCACCCUGGUACACCACCAGUGUACCUACUCCAUUUCAAGACAUUGAGGGCCAUUUCUUGUAAGUUUUACAAAUUGAUGUUUGAAUAGCAUUUUUUUUUUUUUGCCACCCCCCCCCCUUUGAAGAACAAAAGUAACUUAAUUAAAAACCAAAGAAAGGACAUUUGAAAGUCAAAGCAUUCUGAACUGCCAUUAAUUGAUAGUUGAUUUGAUUGCACUGAUUGAAGGAAAUCAAUUCGAGCAAAAGUGAGAACCAAGGUAUUUCACUGCACAAGACCUUGUUUUUUCUAGUAGCAACUUUUAUCUUAACAUCUUACGUCCAUUUGAUAAGGACUCCAGUUGAUAUAUACAGUGCCUUCAGAAAGUAUUCAUACCCCUUGACUUACUCCAUUGAAUAGUGUUAUUUAUGAUUAUAAUUUGAUAUUUCAACUCACACACUACAAGCAGCAAAUCAAAAUGUAUUAGUCACCUGCGCCGAAUACAACAGGUGGUAGACCUUACAGUGAAAUGCUUACUUACGAGCCCCUAACC